AUGGCCAGACUCCAGGCAUGCUUGGACGCGGCACUCAUGAACAUCGAGUUCGAGGGCGAGCCUCGAAUGGACCUCCGCACUGCGUUCCGGCUCGUCGGGCCGAAUAUUCGUCGGCUCGAAUACCUCAGCAUAGGCAAACAUGACGAGGAGCUUGUCAUUGGGAUGAUCAAAACAGUGCUGGACACCCUAGAUAUGCGGCAGCUAGAGCGUCUACUGCGCUCUCACCAUACUGCCGAGGAUUCCACCCUGCAUUCGCAUGUGCUGAUCACCACGUAUCGCGCGCCUGGUGAUGCUGAACAAGAAGCCAUGCGACAUCGAAUAUCCUCCAAAACAAUCCUCCGUCUCAUACAUGCUGAGGCUAUACAGAAAAACGCCGUUGAGCUGCAACACAUGUAUACGAUUUUUGCGGCCUCCAGCGGUUUAAGCAUUCCAAGAGGAUGGGCGUUCGAAAUCUUGUGUCAUCGCUUAUUCACCAAGAAACCUGCCUCCAACUACACUUUCACCCUAACACGUAUGAAAGUCCACCAGUCUCAACUCAUACCAGAUCACAAUGACCAAACGGACUGGUCUGUUGUAACCCGACAACUUGUUCACUUUUCGACCGGGCAGACAACGCAAGCGACAUCUAGUCUCAAAUCCUAUUUUGUUCCGUCGCAAGGCAAUAAUCCGACUUUCGAUUCAUUCCUCCACAUGGAGACCCCUCCGCGACUUGUCGGCCUCCAGAUGACCAUUGCGUCCAAGCAUUCCAUAAAAAAAUCAGGGCUUGAUCAAUUACGACGGAGACAACUUCCUGGCGAGUCGAACCCGUGGAUGAUUUAUAUUAUCCCACAAGGUCACUCGAUUCAACUCCCUCACUUGAACAAAUCCCCGUUCAACCAGUUCACAUUCUUUGCAUGCGAAGUGGAGGUGGGUAACAAUGACUGGGAAGAGGCCGAUAAUGAGACGGACGAAGACUCAGAGCCCGAAGAGUAG